AAAAAAAUGCUAAAAUGUCCAAAAAUUGAGCAAUUUUUAAUGGGAAAGAAGGUGAUAUAAAGACAGAAGUCGCUGUGAUCAAGAUCAGUCAUCUGUUGAUCCACUCAGACGAAGGAACUCUCCUCAAGGAAACCACCAUGAAUGGGAAGAUUGUGAUUGUUUUGUGCUGCAUGCUGGCUGUUGCGCACGCAGCUACGUAUAUUCUUCUGGAAGUUUCAGAACCAAAAAGGGUAGCAAGAUCACCGCAGUUUGGUGGUUUCGGUGGUGGCUUCAGUGAAAGUUCAGCCACAGCGGAAUCUGAGAGUUUCCAGGGUGGUUUUGGGGGCUUCAGUGAAUCAGAAUCUUUUGCACAAUCUGAAUCAGAGUCCUUCAAUGGUGGCUUUGGGGGCUUUGGUGGGAGUGAAAGUUUUGCCUCUGCCGGCUCUGAAACCUUCGAUGGGGGCUUUGGAUUCAAAUAAUUUGGCUGAUUUUGUGACGACACUGAAGCAAGAUGAGUGGGCCCCACCGUGCAAGUCUCAGCUUCAGCAUAAUGUACAAUAUGAAUUUUAGUUUUGACUAACUUUACGUUUCUUUUGUGAAUUUUUCUCUAACGGAUUUUUAUUCAAAUUAAACACUUGAAGUGAUUUCUUUUAACCAGCUCAAUAAAGGAAUUUUC